UAGAACGAAUGGACUCCAUACUGUUCAACAGAUUCAUUGAAAAGAUUCGACUCAAAAGAACGGAUUGAAAAGCAGUACUCUUCAUUUACGAACCCCGGCCGGAAGUUCGUAACCUUUCAAGUUCACCGCUAGCCACUUUUCGUUUAUAAACAUGGGAAAGCGCGUUGCUGUAGUGUUGGCAGGGUGCGGUGUGUUCGAUGGAAGUGAAAUCCACGAGGCGUCUGCGGCUUUGGUUCAUUUGAGCCGUCAGCAAGCUACUGUCAAGAUAUUUGCACCCAACACUGAUCAGAUGCAUGUUGUCGAUCACUUGAAAGGCUCUCCAACAGAGGAAAAGAGAAAUGUGCUCGUGGAGAGUGCUAGACUUGCCCGGGGUGAUAUCCAAGACCUCUCGCAGCUCAAUGUAAAGGAUCUGGAUGCCAUCAUCUUCCCUGGUGGCUUUGGAGCAGCCAAGAACCUGUGUAGCUGGGCUGUCCAGGGCAAAGACUGCUUGGUCAAUGAGCAGGUUAAAACAGUGCUGCUGGCCUUCCAUGCCGAGAAGAAGCCCAUUGGCUUGUGCUGCAUCUCACCUGUGCUGGCAGCGAAGGUUUUCCCUGGCUGUGAAGUUACUGUUGGCCAUGACAAAGAUGAUAGGUAUCCAGAUGUUCCAGACACUGCGGAAGCUAUUUCUCAGCUUGGCUGCAAGCACAUCUGUAAGCACGUGAACGAGGCUCAUGUUGAUGAGAAAAAUAAGAUCGUCACCACCUCUGCUUUCAUGUGCAAAGCUCCACUACAUGAAAUAUUUGAUGGAAUUGGAGUGAUGGUACAGGAGGUGCUGAAACUUGCCUGAAUUCUUGCAAAAUGAUUGGAUUGACAUCGUCUUUCUAAUGUUUUUAUAUAACGAUUCCAUGUACAAGUGUCUGAAUAAACGUAAGCAUAUAAUUGUCUCUUAAGAAAGUGUAGUCUUUGUUUCAGAUGAAUAUUGAGUCCAAGCUUUAUUUUAUUGAUCAGAAAUAAUUUAUGGCUUCUGAACGUCACAGAGAUGCUACGUAACUUUAAUUUGUCUCCAUUUUCUCAAAAUACACAAGUCUACUGGUGUUCAAAAGUUUGGGAUCAAUCAUUUUUGAGGGAAAGAAAUGUAUACUUUUAUGCAGCAACAAUGCAUCAAAUUGAAAAGUGAGAAUCAAAACUUUCACAUUGUUACAAAAAAAGUCUAUUUUAAAUAAUUCCUUUAUUUU